AUGCAUCUUGCAUUUUUAUUUUUUAUUUUUUUGAACUUUACAGGUCUGACCAAAAAGUUUUUUAAUACUAUGCUUAAAUUUUGCUUCCCUGAAAGAGAUCCUGAAAAUAUUGAGGGAGAGCAGGUAGAUAUAAGCGAUAUUGAAGCCGAUACUAGAAGCCUUAGCAGUAGGUCAUCUAGUUCAAGAAUAUCAGGAAGUUCAAAACAGAAGAAAAUGAAAGACUCCAACUUCUAUGUUCCUAUUGAACAUAAAGAUGACGUUGAAAAAAUGAAGGAAAGAGCAGAGAAGAAUAAACUGUUCAUCUACAUAAAAAUUCCCGAAGUACCUGUCCGUGUGAGUUACAAAGGUAACAAAGAGAAAAGUCUCUCUAAUGUCCGAGAUUUAAACUUGCUCAUAAGAAUGAUGGAGUAUCACAAUGUAACAUGGACAUGGCUUGAUUUGUUACUUGCUUUGAAGAGUGAGUGUCGACGAGCAAUAGUUUCUCAGGCUAUUAAACACAAAUUACUGAAAAUGAAAGCUGUUGCUGAUGAUUCACCAACACCACAGGAGGAGGAUAAGGCUCGCAUGUUGCUGGGUGCUAAACUCAUGCCUGGUGAGACUAGCAAGAGUUUGAAGAAGGGUGUUUUUAAAUUUCCUAAGUAAAUCCAUUUAGGGAAAUUGACUGUAUGAGAAUGAUCUGCUGAAAUUCUAGACAGUUAACUUUUUCAAUUGGUAAUGGAUGUUUGAAGUGCAGUUAUUACCUAAGUAUUGUUUUGGACCUAAUGAAAUCUUGUUUUUCUUUAAGUUACCAGUAACUCACUCUACAUAUUACCAGUAUUCUUCUAUUUGAGUGGUUGUAAAUUUGUGUUAUGAUGAAGGCAUCUGUGAUAAAGUGUGGGUGUGUGUUCGGAACACAGCGGUAGAUAAUUAUGAAAAGCAGAUUAAUUUGAAUAAUUUAUUAACUUAGUGCUUACAAUCUUUGACAUUUUACAUCUUUGACUAAAGUGAAGCAUGCAACAUCAAGUAUGCAGAGUUGGAUGACUUUGCUACAUUUUGUUAUUUUUCUAUCAAAUAAGUGAUUUUUGUUUUCAAAUGACAAUUAAGUUUGUAUGUAUUUCAUACUCUUGAUUGUAUAUGUGUGAAAUGGGGAAAAUUGGUUCUCAAUAAAAUGAAUUGAGUAUAUAAA